UUUGUUUUGUUUAUACAAAAGAUUUAAAUAAUCGCUGAAAUAUUUCGUACAGACGGUUUUCGGGUUGGCCAAGGCCAAGGUCAAGGCUUCCUCGUACUGAAAACUGAAUUAAGUGUAAGUUUCAGGGGUUUGAGUCAUACAAUUGGGAGCAAAUCCGGCGAUAAAAUUUCAGGUUUCAGGAUAUUAAUCAGAGAAAUUGCCAAUUCUGUAGUGUCACAUUUACCACUUUUCAGGACUGAAUAAAUCGCAUUUGUGAUUUUACCCAAAACACCAAAUUCGCACAAAUUUGAUAGUUUUUGUACACAUUCGAGGAUUUUUUUCUCGUCCCUGAAACAAUUUUUUUUUUCAUGAAAAAUUUCUGAAACUCAAAUACUUACGUUUCAAUGUUAAUUAACGAAAUGUAAGCAUCAAUUAAAUCAAGUUUAGUUUCUUGUGUGUCCACUUUUUCAUAGUAAUUUAUUAAGCCGUUCCAAGCCAAAGAAUUUGCCGGAUUUGAGUCAAUUGCCCCCUGAAACGCCUUCAAAGCCUUCGAAUUUUGACCGGUUUCCUGAAAUGAAACCCCCAGGAAGACAAGAGCCAUGUAAUUGGUCUUGUCUUCUUUCAGGAUUUGCUGAAAAAACAGACACUUGUACCAACCGAAUUUUUACAACUCUAAAUCUACUAAAAUAUUCACUCACCUUGCACAAUUUCAAAGACGUUUCAUAAUUCUUGUUUUUUAUCGCUUCGCGGGCCUCCUUUAACACUAAUUUCGAGUCUUUCAUGAUGAUUACUGAGGAAGAACCUAACCUAAAAAAGCACUUUUUCGUCACUCUCGCCACGAAAUCAAGCCGAAAUAUAAUAAUGAAUCGCUAACACUUUGUAUUAAUUAUUAAAAUUAAUUGUUUUAUUAAUUUAAUUACAAAAACCCGAGUUUGUUGGAACUUCUUUGAGGUUAGAAUGUGUUUUUAGUGGCAAAUAAAAACUCCCUAAGAAGUAAGAAGCAAUUUUUUUAGUUUUUAAAAAAUGCUGUUUUGACUGAGACUUGAAAUGAUUUUAUUAGAAUUUGAAUUGAAAUUACAGUUUCUACAUAACUAUUUCCAAUUUAAACAUUUUAAAAUUGUAUUUUGGAAUAUAUUUGACAACUGUCACGUUAUUUCUAACCUCAAAAAAUUAUUCCCAAAUUUUGUUCGUUUUUUUUUUUCAAAAAAUGUCAGACGCUGAAAUAGCUGAAAAAACUUGGGCGAAAAUUGAGGAAAACGUGAAACGCAUUGGUCUCGGCGACGGAUUAUCCAAUGGAAAAGACAGUAAUUUUCAGGAUUAUUUCGACAAGGGUUUUACACUUGGAUUUUUCAGCGGCUAUCAAAUCGGACAUUACAAAGGGGCUGUUUUUUCUAGAAACAUGAUCGAAAGCCCACUUUUGGCCCACCCAAAACUAGGCUGGUGUCAAAUCUGCCAAAACAACUCAGGAGGUGAUUUAUCACAAAUUGUAGCCAAACAAAGGGAUUUUUGUAAUAAAAAUUUAGAAGAAUUGAGAAAUAAAACCCCGAUAGAUUAAUGAGUUUAUUUAGGAAUUUUUGGUUUUUGUACUCAAUGUUGCCAAUACAUUUUUAAUAAAACUGUGAUA